ACAACAGAAAUGGCGGCAUUCAGCUCUGCCGAGCUGGGUGGGUUUGGACGGAUGGAGAGAGAACAGAAAAACACAACCCAUGCAGCUGGUGAUGGUUCGGGAGCUGAGACAACUGUGCGACAGCUAACGCUAGAAGAGGCCAGAUGCCCAGUCUGCUUUGAGAUCCUCCUAGAGCCGGUGACUAUGCCUUGUAUGCACUCGGUCUGUCUUCCGUGUUUCAAGCGGACUGUGGAAUUGACCAGUUUGUGCUGUCCGCUUUGCCGACUGCGAGUGUCUAGUUGGGCCCGUAGACAUUCUCGGGAGAAAAGCCUUGUGAACACCGAGCUGUGGGAUAGAGUUCGGCAGAGUUAUCCCGAGAAGUGCAAGCGAAGAAUGGAACAGAGGGAGGGAGAGGCCGUAGGAAAAGAAAUAAUAUUUCGUGCUCCUGUUCACAUUUGCAAACCUGGAGAGAUUCGACAGGAAUAUGAAAAACAAAAGAAAAAGAUGGAGGAAGAAAAGGAAAAAGGAGAAAAGGCAUCAGAGGAAGACAUUCAUAAGAUUUUGGAAAAUGAUCAGAGACAAACGGGUAACCAGAGGAAGAAAACAACCUGUCACAAGCCUGUGGAGCCUGGACUGAUACCAUUGACCAAGGAGCAAGAGGAUAAAAAGAAGAAACAUCAUCACCAGAGAAAAGAAGAGUUCGGAACACUAAAGCACAUCCAAGAUUCUGUCCUUGGGGUGUUAUCAGACUCGGAGAACGAGGAGCCCAUAGGGAAAAGGACCAGACACACAUCUGCUUUUGUUCGCAAAACCAGAAGCUCGUCAGGCUCCGGUCGAAUUGUUCAGAGCCACGUGGGGCGACGCAGUAGAAGCUGCACCAGUACUGAAGAGGGCAGAGUGAGGAACAGUUGCCUAUCCCGAACGGCUGCUGUAGCUAAGACCAGCAUUGCCUACAGCUCCAAUGCCGGAAUACUACUGUCCUCUGAAAACAGCCGAUCCUUUUCCGCUCCCAUCCUUGCUCCUGACAAGAGGCUUGCCUGGCGGGGUGUGGUGGGUUCAGCUGCCCCACUCAUGCCCCCAAACUCCAAACCAGAGAGGUCCAUCAGUCCUGAGAGCAAUGACAGCAUCUCGGAGGAGCUCAACCAUUUCAAGCCCAUUGUUUGCUCGCCCUGCACACCUCCUAAGAGGCUGCCAGACGGGAGGAUAGUGGAGCCGGUCAUAGUGAAAUCCACGCCCAGGAACCUGAGCCAGAGUUUCCACAAAGCCACCAGCUAUGAGGCCAGCCCAACCAUCCUCCACAAGUGGAAGCAAAUUGAGAUGGACCGCCAGUGCACCAAGAUGACCUCUAAAGGCACCAUCACCAGCCCCAUCUCUGAAGACUUCAUCCCCAGUCAGAGCCCAGGCGAGAAAAAGAACAAACUCUGCAGCAGGACUCUGGAAAAAAGCGUGCUUAAGGACCACCUGACACAGGCUGACACCUCAGGACAGGACCGGGGCAAAACGUUAACGGGAAAUAAGCGACGUUUGUUAUUUGACACGUCUGCUGUUGAAUCAAACGCCUCCGCAAACCAGUCAGCAAAAGUCCACAGCCCAACAAAAGCCCAGUCAACACGGAGGACUUGUAAAGGGACCGGCAGAGUCGGGUGUGCUCUGUUGAGUGGGACACCUUCAACUGAAGAGGUGUCACACGCAUGUGGCAAGUGUGCAGGGGCCAUGCGAUGCAAUCGAAGCCCCGCAAAUGUUCAGGAUCAGACGAACGACUCGAACGGCAGGGAUGGGGUCAACAGCAGGCCUACCUCACGGAGGGGCCGGAAAAGGAGGCAAAAGACCAAGCAUUUGGAAGAGGCAGGGAGGGUGAAAGGGCCCAGGCUGCAGAGCAGAGAGGACGGUGACAUGGAGCCUGACUCAAGUUGCUUGUAUGCACAGCGGCUGCAGCAGGAGAGGGAGGACCGAGAGCUGGCUCUGAAACUUCAGAGGCAGUUCAACAUGGAGAGUCAGAUGGCAGACAGGCGAAAGACGAGCCCUGACAAGUACCCUCUCCGCUCUUGGUCCUCUCACGAGAGCCGCAUGGAACACUGUCCACGUCGAUCGGUUAGAAUCUCCCAAAAAAAACAGGCACUUUAGCUGCAGCUGUUAAAAACUUUGUUACUCACAGAUUG